GGUCUUAGAUCAAUUGAAUAAAACCCGACCCACAAGUCUAAAACCCUUCUCCUCUUCUUCCUCCUCAAAAACCCUAAUAUUCCCUCCCUCUAUCUCUGGCUGCGUAAACUUAAAAAUGGUGAAGGCCGGUAAAACUAAAGAGAAAAAGGAAAAAGAGAACAAAGACAACCAAGAAAUACAAUUAAACGAGGAACCGGAUGUAGUAGAAGAAGAAGACGAAGAAGCACGGACCUUUGAAGAGUUAGGGUUAGACCCUAGGCUAAUUCGAGCCCUAAACAAGAAAGAAAUUAGCAUUACGGAGCCCACUCCAAUUCAGCGAGUCGCUAUUCCUCUAAUACUUCAAGGGAAAGACGUGGUUGCCCGGGCGAAAACAGGGUCAGGGAAGACAUUAGCCUACUUGCUUCCUUUGCUUCAGAAGCUUCUCGGUACGGCUGAUUCGAAUCGAAAAAAGCUUUCACCUUUAGCAUUUAUUCUGGUGCCGAGUGGAGAGUUAUGUCAACAGGUUUAUAAGGAGGUUUCGUCGCUGAUUGAUUCCUGUAAAGUUCAAUUGAAAGUUGUUCAUUUGACCAGCAACAUGCCUGCUUCUGAUUUGCGGAACGCUUUGGCUGGACCGCCUGAUAUUUUGGUAUCUACUCCUUCUUGUGUAGCCAAGUCCUUGUCAGUUGGUGUACUAAAAUCGGAAUCUAUUAAUGACUCACUUGAAAUUCUUGUUCUUGAUGAGGCAGAUCUCUUGUUGUCAUUUGGCUAUGAAGAAGAUCUCAAAGCUCUUACUGCUCUUGUCCCAAGACGUUGUCAAUGCCUUCUUAUGUCUGCAACAUCAAGUGCUGAUGUCGACAAACUGAAGAAGCUCAUUCUGCAUAAUCCAUAUGUUUUGACCUUGCCAGAAGUUGAAGGUGUUAAGGAUGAAGUUAUCCCCAAAAAUGUUCAGCAAUUUUGGGUUUCAUGUGGCGAUCGUGACAAGUUAGUUCAUAUUCUUGCUCUUCUGAAGCUGGAUCUGGUUCAGAAAAAAGUUUUGAUAUUUACUAAUGCCAUUGAUAUGAGUUUCAGAUUGAAAUUGUUUCUAGAGAAGUUUGGAAUAAAGUCUGCUGUUUUAAAUGCUGAGUUGCCGCAGAAUUCUCGUCUCCAUAUCCUAGAGGAAUUCAAUGCUGGGCUUUUUGAUUAUUUGAUUGCAACGGAUGAUAGAGAAACAAAAGAGAAGGAAAAAACCAAUGAGGGAAGUCUUGCUGAGACAAGAAAAUCAAAAAAGCAUGCCAAGCAAAAGUUGGACUCAGAAUUUGGAGUGGUGAGGGGAAUUGACUUCAAAAAUGUACACACGAGAUUAAUUUUGCAGGACACAGCAAAGAGCGUCACAAAAAUUGCUGUCAGAGAAGCACGAGCUCAGGAUUUGAGAAAUGAAAUUCUUAACUCUGAAAAGUUGAAGGCUCAUUUCGAAGUCAAUCCAAGGGAUUUAGAUCUUCUAAAACAUGACAAAGUUCUGAGCAAGAAGCCCCCUGCUCCACAUCUUUCUGAUGUGCCUGACUACUUACUGGAUGCAACAACCAAGGAAGCAAGCAAGAUGGUGAAGCUUGCGAGAGCUGCAAUGGGAAAUAACAACUCUGCUCGCCGCCAGGGACCAAAGAGAAACUUCAGAAGAAGUAAAGACCCCCUCAAGUCUUUCUCUGCUGAGGGGCCGAGGAGAGGUCGCAAAGGUGGAAUGAAGAGAGAAGGAAAAGACGGGGAUGAUACUCAUAAACACAAGAAGAAGAAAAUUCUCUAGAAAAAUCCCGUCUCUCAGGCCUUGACCAUGCAAUUUUGUAUGAAUGACUAGUUAUACAGGAAAUUUUGUUUCUUUCAAUUUCCGAAUGCCCAAAUUCUAUAUACAGGUGGCCAUGUUUAUUCUUUUUGGCCGUCUGUGGUGCUAUUUAUUGCCAUAAACAAGCUUGAGGCGCCCUUAACACCUGAUUUGAAUCCAUCAACAUUAUCAUCAA